AUGCCAAUCUGCAUCGAGUGCCGGCACCCCGUCAAGACGCUAUGGACGCAGUACUCGGGCGGCGCCGGCGGCGGCGAGAGCAGCGGCCACAACAUCCGGCUGACGGUGUGCAAGAACUGCGGCCGCUUCUGCGACAAAUACGUCGAGCACGACUUUGUCGUCCUGUUCAUUGACCUGGUCCUGAUCAAGCCCCAGGUCUACCGCCACCUCCUCCACAACACCCUGAUGCGCGAGCGCGACCAGUUCGACCCCUCCAUCAUCCGCCUCGGCACCCUGCUCCUGCUCUUCGACGUCUACCUGACCUGGGCCCGCAUCGAGAAGCAGACCCUCCCCUCGCCCGGGAGCCAGAGCAACCUGGGAGGUCUGGCGCAGCAGCCCAUUGUGUUCCAGUACAUGUUCUUCUUGAUCCUCUGUACCUUCUCGACGCUCGCCUUCCACCUGUCCAUUCGCUUCCUUACAUCGGCCCCCUUCUCGCCCCUGAACCAGCUCGGCCUCUUGCGGACCUAUUCGCGACCGAACUCGGUAUCGACAGCGCUGCUGGUCAGCUCGUCUACGAAACUCUUCCCGAUACUCAUGGUUAUCUGGGACUACGACGUACCCGCAGCGGCUAGGAGUCUGGGCUGGGCAGUGGUCUUAAACAACGUUGAGGCGCUCAAGAUCCUUUUGGACUGCGGAUAUCCUGUAGCACUUGUAUUAGCGGCGGCGGGCGCAGUUUCGCGAUGGGUCGUAGGCAGGAUGAUCCUGUGGAUGGUUGGGCUGGAGGGCGUGGAUGGGGUGGGCGAGAGCGGUGUCGCGGCAGACGGGAGGGCGUUAUGGGCUGCACUGCUGUAUGUGAGGGACUGGGCCAGCAGUCUAGCUGUUGGGUAG